AUGUAUUACGACCCCUUGGUAGCACUGGUUAACCUCUCCCCAGUGGAAAAAUUGACAGAAGAAUCAUCAAAAAAAAAAUCGAGGUGGGGAAAUAAUUCUUCCACAAGUGCGAAUUUAGAAAAUAAAGUAGUUCAGAGUAAAUGGGGACCAGAAGAAAACAAACCAUAUUUGCCACUACCAUUUGUUGACAUUCCACCUGGGUUAACACCAUCUCAACUAGACCAAUUUUUGCGUGAACAAAGAUAUGAUGAGUUAACAAAAAAAUUAAACAAGGGGGAAUUAGAAUAUGUAGAUCCAGAUAUACGUCCCCCCUCACCACCACCCAUAUAUGAUAAAAAUGGAAGUAGGAUAAAUACUAGAGAAGCAAGAGUAAAAAAUUGUAUGAUUGAAGAACAUCAUAGAUUGGUAGAAUAUUUACUAAAACAUGUAGAAGGAUUUAUUGCUCCACCUAAUUAUAAACCAAUAAAGAAAAUAAGAAAAAUUGAAAUUCCCAUUGAUAAAUAUCCAGAAUAUAAUUUUAUGGGUUUAAUUAUUGGUCCUAGAGGCUGUAAUCAUAAAAGAUUAGAAGCAGAAAGUGGUGCUCAAAUAAGUAUAAGAGGUAAAGGUACCUUAAAAGAAGGAAAAAAAACAGAUCAUCAAACUGAAAUUGAAGCUAAUAUGCCUAAGCAUGUUCAUAUAUCAGCUGACAGUGAAGAAUGUGUUGAAAAAGCUGUUAGUUUAAUUACGCCAUUGUUAGAUCCAUUUCAUCCCUUACAUGAUGAAUAUAAAAAAAAGGGACUUGAACAAUUGGCUCUUGUAAACGGUAUUAAUUUAAAUCAAUUAGAAUCCCAACGAUGUUCUAUGUGUAAUUCUACUGCGCACAUGACUUUUGAAUGUCCUGAAAAUAUGAAUCUCCAAAAUUUUAAGAAACCAGAAAUUAAGUGCACUUUGUGUGGAGAUCAUGGACAUAUAACUCUUGAUUGUAAGUUGGCUAAAGCUAAUAAUGGAAAAAUAGAUUCGGAAACAUCACCAUCGAAUGCAGCUACUGGAGCAGGAAGCGUGGGGGUUAAUAAUGUUCCAGUCCCACCUUCCACCAUGCCACCACCACCCAGUGAUAAACCAAAAAGAAAAACAUACAAUCAAACAUCCAAAUUUGAAAAAAUAAAAAUAGACAUGGAAUACAAAAAAAUGAUGAGUGAACUGAAUCCAGAUAAAGAUAACGCAACCAUUUCCACCACCAGCGAUAUAAGGAAAAACGGAAAUGAACAUACCAGCUAUUCCUCCAGCAACACAAAUGUGAAUAAUAAGAACGAUUUCCCACUGACAACAAAUAAUAACAUUACGUUAGGAGACACAAAUAUCGAGGUGCCAACCAAUUUUCAAGAUCUGAGUACUAUCUUUCAAAACACCAAUAUGAGUAAUAUCGGUAUCACCAAUAACAAUAAUAGCAAUAAUAAAAGUGGCAGAGGUGGUAGAGGUGGAAGAGGAAAUAAAAAUAACAAAAAUUUUAAUAAUGGUAUUAUGCCUCCUCCAAUGAACAGCAAAAAUAAAAACAACCCCAAUUUGAUACCAUUAGGUCAAAACAAUAAUGCAUUUAAUGAAGAUAUAAGAAAUCCAAAUACAUCAACCAGUUCAUAUGAUUCAUACUCCAAGAGUAAUAGAAAUAGUUCUAUAAAAAAUUCAAAUAAUAAAAAUUAUAAUACAUUACCCACAAAUUAUCAAGGCUCCAAUAAUAUGCCCAUAAAUCCACCUCUUCCUGUGUUACCAAAUUUUUUUAAUUUUCCGUUUAUGAAUAAUGGCAUGGUACAAGGAGGUUCUAUGCCAUACCCCAAUGGGCAGCAGUUGCCAAUGGAUUCCCUCUACAUGCAUGGCUUUCCAGGUUGGUCACAGAUGCCCAUGAAUUACUCAGAUGAUGUGCUAGCACAUGCCGCUGCACCAGACACAAAUCCACCACCGUUGCCAUCGGAAGGCGUGAAUAAUCAGGAUGGUGCCAAUAUUACUUGA